AGCGGAGGCGCAGGGGGAGAGGAGAAGGGCAGGAGGGGAAGGGGCAGGAGGGGGCAGAGCAGAACUCGUCGCCGAGCUGCCAGCGCACCAGAGCUCGUGGGAUGGACGCUCCCGAGGGCAAAGCACGCUGAGGAGAGGCAGAGGCAGGAGGAGAGGAGCGGGGCACGGCAAGCGAGGGGCUCCUCGGGAAAGGAAACAGCCCGAAGGCGAGAGGGGGCUGAAGAGAAACACACCGGGUUCCUCCGUCCAGGCGAGCUGAGGCGUUUCGUGGGGAGAUGGAGGCACCGGCUGCCCUCCCCGUCCUCUGAUGCUGGCUCCCCACGGCUCGAGCAGGCGGCCCCCGGCGGGAUGCGGAUGUGAAUGCGGCUACCGAAGCGUGCCGGGGCAGAGGGCAGGAGCGCGCACCUCUUCGCCAGCCUCCCCAACUUUCCUCCUCUCACCUCGCCGCCUGCACCUCCCUCGCUUUGCAGGCACGCAGCCAGGAGCAAUGGCGAUGACAGCAUGGGCCUCAGCUGGCCAGAGGUGAAACCCAGAGCCGCUCGGUCCCGCCUGAGUGCCGCUGCAUGAGAUCCCACGCUCCUCCAGCUCCCCUGGCCCCCGACACCCGAUGAUACAGCGAGCCAUGGGCAGCGUCCGAGUCAACCGGUACAGCAUCGUCUCGACCGAAGAGGAUGGACACAAGGUCUCCGCGCUGGGCAGCAUGAACGGGCACAGCCGCAACGGGAAGGGCCAUGCCCCCCGGCGGAAGCACCGCAACCGCUUCGUCAAGAAGAACGGCCAGUGCAACGUCUACUUCGCCAACCUGAGCAACAAGUCUCAGCGCUACAUGGCCGACAUCUUCACCACCUGCGUGGACACGCGCUGGCGGUACAUGCUCAUGAUCUUCUCCGCCGCCUUCCUGGUCUCCUGGCUCUUCUUCGGCUUCCUCUUCUGGUGCAUCGCUUUCUUCCACGGCGACCUCAACGCACCGGCGGUGGGAGGUGGCCCCUCUCUCCUCAAGCCCUGCAUCAUGCACGUGAACAGCUUCCUGGGGGCUUUUCUUUUCUCGGUGGAGACGCAGACAACCAUCGGGUACGGCUUCCGCUGCGUGACGGAGGAGUGCCCGCUGGCCAUCAUGGCAGUCGUGGUCCAGUCCAUCGUGGGCUGCGUUAUUGACUCCUUCAUGAUUGGCACCAUCAUGGCCAAGAUGGCCAGGCCCAAGAAGCGGGCCCAGACUCUCCUCUUCAGUCACCACGCGGUCAUCUCCGUGCGGGACGGCAAACUGUGCCUCAUGUGGCGAGUGGGCAACCUGAGGAGGAGCCACAUUGUGGAGGCCCACGUCCGAGCCCAGCUCAUCAAGCCCUACAUGACAGAGGAAGGGGAAUACCUACCCUUGGACCAGCGGGACCUCAAUGUAGGCUAUGACGUGGGCCUCGAUCGUAUAUUUCUGGUCUCGCCCAUUAUUAUUGUUCAUGAGAUCGAUGAGGAGAGCCCGCUCUAUGGGAUUGGCAAGGAGGAGCUGGAGACGGAGAACUUUGAGAUUGUUGUUAUCCUGGAGGGGAUGGUGGAAGCCACGGCCAUGACCACGCAGGCACGAAGCUCUUACCUCGCGAGCGAAAUCCUCUGGGGUCACCGUUUUGAACCAGUCGUGUUUGAGGAGAAGAACCACUACAAAGUGGAUUAUUCGCGCUUUCACAAGACCUACGAGGUAGCUGGCACACCUUGCUGCUCGGCCCGGGAGCUGCAAGAAAGCAAGAUGACUAUCCUACCUUCUCCUCCACCUCCCAGUGCCUUCUGCUAUGAGAACGAGCUGGCUCUUGUCAGUCAAGACGAAGACGAAGACGAUGAUGAAGUGGGUGUGGCAUUAGGUGGCAGCACCAAGGAAGAGGGAGGCGUCAUCCAGAUGAUGGAUUUUGGAAGCCACCUGGACCUGGAGCGGCUCCAGGCAACUCUGCCCCUAGAUACUAUCUCGUACCGCAGGGAGUCAGCCAUCUAACUCCUCCAACCUCCCCGUGCUACACCCGUUGCCCACCAUCUCCUCCUUUGUUCUGCCCCCGUACGUAGCCGGAUAAGUCCCUCGCCCACCAAAAAAAAAAAAAAACAACCAACCCGCCCGUGACCACCUCUCAGCACCUGAGUACAUCAAGGCCUGGAGCUGCUCUGAUAUACUCCCCAUCCCGUGAAGUUAUACCGCCUGGAAGAGGAGUGAGGAUACACGAUCCUUCUGGGGUGUGCAGCUUGUGCGAGGACCCGUUGCCUACCCAGAGGCAGCAGAGGAGCACACCCGGGUUUCUCAUCUCUGGAGAGGCGACAGGAGUCCGUGCCCUCAACGGGCAGGCUGGGACCCCCGAAAUCGUUUCUGCGGCUGAGACACUGACAGACUUUCUGGCCCCUCCCAACGUGGGCAGGCCCCGUGGCUAUCACGAUUGUCACGAGGAGAGGAGUGGUGAUACCUAAGCCCUGACCAGAUGAGGAUGGACAGGAGAGUUUAGGACUCCUGGAGGGAGCGGGGAAGGCUCUGGAGGGAGGGGUUUGCUUGCAUGUUUAUUGCUUGUUGCACAUGACUUUCUUUGUACAUAAACCAGACGAAGAACCGAAAUCCAUAUUCUUCCACUGAAAACGCCAAGCGAGGAGAGAAGGACGCUGCACGUAGCCCGCUCUGCGCUCUCCUCGGCUUUUGGCGCCCGUCACCUCCAGAAGCAGCUCGGCUCCACGGACUCAGUCCCAGCUCUCCCGGCCCUCCCGAAAUACGCGUCCUGCUGCUCCCCAAGACGCCUGGCAGGGGAGGCAGGGCCCUGUGCUUGCACGCCCGGACUGCUGCCGGCACGGCACGGCUGGCACGGCAGACAAGUGACCUGAGUGGACAGCAGAACCUCUCCGUGCUCCUUCCACCUCCUCCGUUCUCCUCCCUGCUGCCAUCAGCUGUAAAACUGAAUUUGUAACUAUUUAUUUUUAAUAAAGUCGAAUAUCCCAGGGGGAGGUUUGGAAGCGAAGGGGAGACCCCAAGGCUGCA